GCCGCCGCCGAGAACCGUGAGCACAUCUCUCGCUCAACACCGUUCGAAACGCUAACCUCCUUCAUCUCUCUGCUCAUAAAAUUGGUGUUUCAGUAAGGUUUCGUUACAUGUCCUAGUUUCUUACAAAGUACAUUAUGGUUCUUUUGUAAUGGAGAAGUCUCGGGAAAGCGGGUUCUUGUUCUGUAAUUUGUGUGGAACGAUGCUAAUCUUGAAGUCGAGCAAGUAUGCUGAAUGUCCGCUAUGCAAAACUACGCGAAACGCAAAAGAAAUCGUUGACAAGCAGAUAGCUUACACUGUUUCUGAUGAGGAUAUCAGGAGAGAACUAGGAAUCUCUCUGUUUGGUGAAAAAACGCAGGAAGACACUGAGCUACCAAAGAUCAAAAAGGCGUGCGAGAAAUGCCAGCACCCUGAGCUUGUAUACACAACCAGACAGACAAGAUCAGCAGACGAAGGACAAACAACAUAUUAUACUUGCCCCAAUUGUGGACAUAGAUUCACUGAAGGCUGAGAUUAUUACAUUGUCUAGUAUGAGAUUCGAUUUACGGAGAAUAACCAGUUUUGUUUCUUAUAUUUAUGUUACGAAAAUGUUUUGUCAUCAUUACGACAUUAUGUAUUGAUUCUCACACUAAUGUUACGAAAUCAAUAGUCGAUGUCAUAAUCAAAACCGACUUAAUUUAUGUCA